AUGAAUGCUGGCUCGAGUCUCCUAAGUGCAGCAGCGUUCUUGGGACAUACCCGAAUGAUAAGAAGAUUGCUCUCAGAGGGUCUAUGCCCAACUGUGAAGGGACCACUGUUUCCCUCACCAAUGCAACUUGCGGCGUACGCUGGUCAAGGCGAGGUAUUGAGACUCUUCCAAGAGCAUUUACCCGAUUUCGAAGACCAACGCCCUCCUGGCGUUAAGAUCCAGUGA